GUGUUUGUUGUGUUUGAUUACAGCAUACAUGAAGUGAAGCAUAGGUUGAGUGCAAACGUUGGCAAACAUUCAUUCAUUGCGUCCAACGCUAUGCCUAUUGUCUGGCAUUUAAUGAACAUUUAAAACCCAAUCAUUUGUUUAUCAUUUCAUUUAUUAUAUUUCAAUCACUCAUUCAUUCAUCGAUACAAUCAAUCAUUUGUCACAAUCACACCAUUGGAUCCGAUGGUCAUAUCCAUGGACACAAUGACACUGUGAUUGUCUCAAACCAUUUGGUGUCCAUUUGAUCGCUGUUUUUGUGGACCAAAUACAACACUCAACUCAUUCAUCCAUUUGUGUCCUCUUUUUUCUCUCGCAAUCAUCGGUUUUGUCGAUCAAAAUGACAUCAAUUUAUCAUUAAAUCCAAUGUUAUAAUCAUUUCAUUGAAAAUUAAUAAUAAUAAUAAACUAUUAUUUAUUUAUUUAUAUAAAUAACUGUCAAAUAUGAGUGAAUUUCAAUGGAUGUAUUCUUUGGUCGAUUCCUCGAGAGUCUCAACAUUUUUGAUAUCAAUGCUACUCAUAGUCUACGGCAGCUUUCGAUCUCUGAAUAUGGAAGAAGAGGCCAAACAAAAGGAAAAGGAUUCUGGCGUUCAAAGCAGUGAAAACAGUUUAGUGUUACUCUUAUUGACAUUAUUUCUUAAGCAAACAUUAUCUCUGAAUAUGGAAGAAGAGGCCAAACAAAAGGAAAAGGAUUCUGGCGUUCAAAGCAGUGAAAACAGUGUCCAGACGUUGGAUACAAUGCAGGCCUUAUGUCUACCAUUAGGCGCAUCCAUUUCACUGCUCAUAAUGUUCUUCUUCUUUGACUCGAUGCAAAUGCUGUUCGCCAUCUGUACAGCCAUCAUAGCUGCCAUCGCUCUGGCAUUUCUGUUGCUUCCGAUGUGUCAAUACAUUCUGAGGCCGUGUACUGACAAAAAGAGAUUAUCAUUUGGAAUCUGCGGUCGUUUUACAGUCGCAGAGUUGGUCUCGUUCUCCCUUUCGGUGACAAUAGUUUGCAUUUGGAUUCUUACGGGACAUUGGCUUCUCAUGGAUGCCAUGGGAAUGGGUUUAUGCGUAGCUUUCAUAGCGUUUGUACGAUUGCCAAGUCUUAAGGUCUCAACACUUCUACUGACGGGUCUACUUAUAUAUGACGUCUUUUGGGUCUUCUUCUCAUCGUAUAUCUUCAGCUCUAAUGUUAUGGUACGAGUGGCGACGAAGACGGCCGACAAUCCGGUCGGAAUCGUAGCCAAACGACUGCAUUUAAACGGCGUUAGAGAACCGCCAAAGCUAUCACUCCCCGGAAAAUUGAUAUUUCCGUCGAUGCAAAAUGCGGGCCACUUCUCAAUGUUGGGAUUGGGAGAUAUCGUUAUGCCCGGAUUAUUGCUGUGUUUUGUACUCAGAUAUGAUGCUUACAAAAGAGCACAAUUAAAUUCAGUAGAGGCUGGGGUUCCGCCGCCCAAUCAUUUGAAUAAAAUCACAUAUUUUCACUGUUCGCUCGUCGGAUACUUUUUUGGUCUAUUGACAGCAACGGUGUCGAGUGAGAUAUUCAAAGCGGCUCAGCCGGCGCUCCUCUAUUUAGUUCCAUUCACUUUACUUCCACUUUUGACAAUGGCUUACAUUAAAGGUGAUUUGCGGCGAAUGUGGUCCGAGCCGUUCAUACCAGCGAAUCUUCCCAAACAUCUGGAGGUAUGAUAUUUAGUGACGACAUUCCAGCGGAUUAUAUGUGAAAAUAAUAAGACAACAACUCAUUACAACUGAAUCUCUCAUAAAAAUUGUAUUAUAAAUCAUUGUUUGAAUUGUAAGUCAAUCUGAAGACGAAAUUAAUCUAUUAUUUAAUGAAUUGAUAAGUUUUGUGAUGUGUUUUUCCCCGAAGAGAGACAGAAAGUGCACAAAAAACAGUCAUCAAAUUGAUGUAAAUAUAUAUAUAAAUGUAUUUUAAUGCAAAAACCAUAGAAAUGAAUACUCUUUUAAGAAUUAGAUUUUGAACCAAAUAUUUAAUUAUUUUAUACGAUUGAGAGACCGAUCCGAUAC